AUUAAUUUAGCAAAACAGAAAUGAUUGUCUUCUGAUUAACACUGAAGUAAUAUAGUGAAGCUAUACAACCUAAAUAUUUGUCAUUAUUACCUUUGAAAAGUAAUAAUCAGUGCAGACAUGAGAUCAAGUGAUGUCCAAUUGUACAGACCAUCACCAGGAAAUGAUUUAGACCGAACAGCACAACUGCAGUCACUAAGUACUGAUUCAUCUAAGAAACAGCUAAAUAUAUCAGCAAAAAUGGAACAGGUCAAUGCUAAAGGAGUGCCCACAUUUUUAAAAUCAGAUCAGUUUAGACGUAUGCAAAUUAAACAAGCAAUUAUGGAAAUAUUUAUGGGCAAACUGUUGAAAUCAAUGAAGAAAUCAAAAUCAAUCAACGAAACUAAGUUAGAUAUGGAAAACCAAAAAAAAUAUAUAAAGUUAACCAGAAUAUCACAAAUUUUAUUACUACAAAAACAAAAUUUAGAAUUACAAAUUUAUACUCUACAAAAAGAAUUGUUAAAAUUAAAUGAGAAAUAUUCGAAUACGCGUAAACAUUUAGAUGGUCUAACAUUGGAGCAUAUGUCUUUAUGGAAGUAUAGGAAUCAAUUACAAAGAGAUUUAGAAGAUAAAAAAAUGCAAAUCGAAACUUUAUCAGAAAAUGAAUCAUUUUUAAUCAAAGAAUUAAAAGCUAUUAAAGACCUUCAAAUCAAUGCCGACAAUAAGCGAUAUGAAUUGAAUUAUGCAAAAUGUGAAAAUGAAAAUUUGGAAAACGUAUCAAAACAUUUAGCAAUGUUGUUAGGAAAUAAGAUAGAAGAAUUGGACACUUUGAAAUUCGACAAUGGUCAACUACAACAAGAAAUGCAACAAACACUUGAAGAGGAGAAAAAUUCGAUGGAGAGAGUAGAAAAUUUAUUGAAUGAAAAUAGAAAGUUAAAAGAAGAAUUGAUGCAAAGUCGAGUUGAACAAAUAAAAACUAGUGUCUCUAAUGCCCAAGCCGAUAAAAUAUGUGAACGCUAUCAGGAAUUACAAAAAGAAUACCAACAACUUCAACAGCUUUACAAUAAAGAAAUUGAAAUGAGGAAAGUCCUGCAAAAUCAAUACGAGAAGUACUCAGGAAUUUCUGAAGAUAACAAGAAAGAAGUGAGUGAGGAGCAAAACAGAUUCAAAGAGAAAAUCACUUAUUUAUCAGAAUUAAUUGACGAUCAAAAAUAGGUAUCAACAUGAUUAUUUCAACAGCGAGUACAACAGAUCGAUUCAAACAAAAAAUUAUUAUUUGACAUUCAUGCACAAGUAAGAUAAGCAUUAGUAACAUUAUUGUCACUGACGUAAUUUGAAAUUCUGAUCAACUUACAACAGUGAUUUAUUUAUCAA